CAACCAGAGCCGCGGCGGUCGUCAUCAUGAGGCUUCUUCUGCAUUGUGUGUGUAUGUGUGUGGACACAGCGCGUGUGAGUUCACCCUCCUCUCUCCAGACAGAAGGCGAGGACAUCCCCCUCUAACACUGUGCCAACAGAGAGAGAGAGACACACACAGCAGAGAGAGAAAGAGAGAGAGAGAGAGACUGAAACCCCAUAAUGCACUGCACGCUGCAGGGCUGAAGUCGUGCAGAUUCAUCAGUUCCUGUUCGGAGGGGAUUGUGUGUGAGCACACACUCACUCAUACAUCCAGACCGAGUGCAGGAGAAACACACAGACAACCUGGCAGAGAGAAGUGCCUUCUUUCGCUGACCCCUGUGGCUGUUUGGCUCCACUGAAGCCGCCUCUGCCUCUGUGCCUGUACAUGUCUGCCGGAGUUGCCAGCCACACCAGGAGCCGCAGGACUGCUAGGACUGCCAACCCCGUCCACUGAGCCAGUCCCCACACCACUGACACCUCCCUCCCUCCAUCGCCUGCUCUGUUUGCCAGCCAGAACUCUCUCCAUCUAUGCCACUCAACCCUCCUCUGUGGAAGUCAACCACUCCCUCCUCUGCAGACAGAGCCUGAUGCUGAAGACAGACAGCUUUUAUCAGCUCCUGUGAGCGGAAGGAGAUUGUCUCUUUGGUGUCCCCUCCACCAAAGCCUACUCCUCCUCCUCCUCCUCCUCCUCCUCCUUCUCUUCCUCUUUCUCCUCCUUCCUCCUUUCCUCCAGCCCUGCAUCUUUUCAUCAUGGGCCAACUCGAUCGAUAAUGUGUUUUGCCAUUCGUCUCAUCUGACAGUUCAGCCAAGGAGCGAGGCGAUUGAGAGAACUUGUGUGUGUGCGUGUGUGUGUGUGUUUGAGAGAGAGGACGAGAGAGAGAGAUUACAAAGCAAACCUCUGUGGCCAUCACCAGCUCAGGCCCUGGGUGACAGGCGGUGAAGGAUUCCUAUUACAGCCACAAACAGACUCUUAUGAUGGGCCGCAGGUGGUAGGCGAGUCCCAGGCCUCACAGGCUUCACCUCAGAGUCAGACCCUCUGGAGAUAACCUCUUAAGACUGGCUUUUUCCCAUGUCAUUUACUUAUUCAUUCUCACCAUUUGUCCCAGUGUCAUUAGAAACGUGCAGACGCACACGUAAUUGCAUUUGCUGGAUACCUAUUACUUUCAAUCAACCCCUCCUGCCUGGCUCAAAAUGGCGGUGAAUGUGACACCGAUCCGGGACACGAAGUGGCUGACGUUGGAGGUUUGUCGGGAAUUCCAGAGAGGAACAUGUUCACGACCGGACAGUGAGUGCAAGUUUGCCCACCCUGCCAAGAGCUGUCAAGUGGAAAAUGGCAGAGUCAUUGCCUGUUUUGACUCACUCAAGGGCCGCUGUUCCAGGGAGAACUGUAAGUACCUGCAUCCUCCUCCUCACCUAAAGACCCAGCUGGAGAUCAAUGGAAGGAACAACCUCAUCCAGCAGAAAAACAUGGCCAUGUUGGCCCAGCAGAUGCAGCUCGCCAACGCCAUGAUGCCCGGCACACAGCUCCAGCCAGUGCCCAUGUUUUCAGUCACACCCAGCCUUGCAACCAAUGCCAAUACUGCUGCGGCAGCGGCCGCUGCAUUUAACCCCUACCUUGGCCCUGUGUCGCCCGGCCUGAUGCCCGCUGAUAUCUUGCCCAGCGCCCCAGUACUGGUCACCAGCAACCCCAGUGUCCCUGUACCAGCUGCUGCUGCUGCUGCUGCACAGAAACUCAUGAGGACAGACAGACUGGAGGUAUGUCGGGAAUACCAGCGUGGCAACUGCACACGUGGAGAGAAUGACUGUCGCUUUGCCCAUCCUUCAGAUAGUACUAUGAUUGACACCAACGACAACACAGUCACUGUGUGUAUGGACUACAUUAAGGGCCGCUGCUCUAGGGAGAAGUGCAAGUACUUUCACCCUCCGGCUCACCUGCAGGCCAAGAUCAAAGCCGCUCAACACCAAGUCAACCAGGCUGCAGCUGCUGCAGCCAUGACUCAGUCGGCUGUCAAAUCACUGAAGCGACCCCUCGACGCAACUUUUGACCUGGGGCUCCCUCCCGUCUUGCCUCCUUUACCAAAGAGACCUGCACUUGAAAAAGCCAACGGUGCCACCACUAUGUUCAAUGCUGGCGUAUUCCAUUACCAACAGGCCCUGGCCAACAUGCAGUUUCAGCAGCAGGCUGCCUUCAUACCAUCAGGCUCGAUAUUGUGCAUGACACCUGCAACAAGUGUUGUACCCAUGAUGCACGGUGCUACUCCAGUCACUGUGUCUGCAGCCACCACAUCUGCCACAAGUGUUCCCUUUGCAACCGCAACAGCCAAUCAGAUUCCAAUAAUAUCUGCAGACCAUCUGACUAGUCACAAGUAUGUGACCCAGAUGUAGGAGUCUCAAUCAGAACAAUGGAACUGGAGUGUGCUGGUGUCAAGUCCAAGAUUAGCGGUCACCCUUCAUGCCUGUAACAUCGAGAGCAAAACGAAGAACCGACUCUGAAUUGGUUUGGGAUAAAUCUGCAUGUUAACAUAGGAGGCACAGUUUGUUAGGGUUGUUUUCAUGUGUACUUCAUGCACACUAUUACACAACUACAGAAGAGAACAUCAUUUACAUUAAAAGACUGCCUUUCACUCUGUAGAGGCAACUUACCUUUAUUCACCGGACACACUUUGAAUGUUAACAUGAGGUAAAUGUGUGGCGCAGUCAUCAAAUCGGCUGGAUUGGUACGUCCAUUGACCAAGAAUCAUGACUUCUUUUGUUCGUCCGUUCAUUGGUUGUUGGUCUUUGACCUAAAUGUGUUCAUUUGUUUACACAAAGGUGCACCUUGUAUUUCAGUUGAGGUAAAAGAAACGAAUAAUCUGACUGAAUCACAUAUGCAUGCACAAUGAUUUUGUUAUGUAUAAUUUUAUUUUGUUAAACCAGUGAUAAGGGAAAUUACAAGAGUGCACUCAGAGGCAAAAUAGCAACUGAAUGUCUGUGAGGUGUCUUUCAAACCUUUGUAGCCUAUCUUUCUAUCUCUUAAGCACAUGUCUUUAACCUUGCAGGCAUCCCUGUAAAGUGCCAUACAUCUCAAAAUACAUGAAUGGUAUUUAAGCAGUGUUACAAAGUGUUAAACUCAACAAUUCCCUUUAAUAUUUUCUCUCUUGGACAGCAUGUAGUGUCCAUUGUUGUGACCUGUCAUUACCUGUGAUUCCCAGUAGCGCCACUGCUGAAUAGAUUUCCUUCCCCAGAUUUUCUGCUAUCCUCAAAUCUUCUACUGAAUGAAUGAAUUGCUUUUUAAUUUUUUUUCCUCUUGUCAAUGUCAGACAGGAAAUGACUGGAACUGUUCUGACACAGAUCUUUCCACGAUCAUAAGUCUAUUGACUCUAAAAGUCAGAUGAGUUGUAAAGAAGGGUCUUGGCCUGCAUGAGAGACCAAAGACUCUCCCAAUGAUGAAGACAUGAUGAUGAAUAGCUGAAAUAGGUGAAUUGGUAUCCAAACUGCUGUGAGACAGAAGUCAAAAUCCACCGUGCAACUGGUGAUGGAUAUGUGAUUUGUAUGACCUGAUUUGUUUUUCAUUUGUAUGGUUAUGCAUAUUUUAAGGCAGAUUGUCAAAGUAAAUUCCGUGUUGUGUAUAUAGUCUGACAUAUUUAAGAAUAUUUGUUUAAUACGUCUACCUGAGAACUGUUUUCAGAUUGUCAGCCAAAGUCUUUUUGUGUCACUGUUAUUGGAUAUUGUGGGUAGACUAGUGGGGCUAAAUUUCUUAGAAAAGUCUGGGCCGCAAUAGCGAGCCCAAAGAAGGAUUGGGUGUUUAGAGUAGAUCUCUAGAACUCUUUGUUUUUGUUGUGUUCUGGGUGUUCUUCAGGCAUAUUUAAAUGGUGGAUAGUACAGGGAAAGUGGCAAGAAUAUAACGAUUGUAUUACUCAUCCAAAGCCUUAGAAUGUACCAUCGGGUCAGCACAAUGCAACAUGCCAUUUUGAACCAUCCAGUUGCCUAAUCCACGCCAUAUUAACACACACACAGAGCACUAUGUAACUGUCACUUUGUUUUUGAGUUUUUCUUAACUUUCUUGUAGUUUUUUCUUUAGACAGGAGUGUUUUAUUUCAUUUUGUUUGGAUGAUAUUUUGAUAUUUAGUUCUGAUUUUCAGUUCUGCUUAUUAUAUUUAUCUUUCUUAUAAUGAAUAUAAGGUAAAGUGUGUGUUUGUGUGUUCCUCAUGCACAGUUUCCUGAAAUUCCAUGUAAUGUUAAUUUUAGUAUGAUUAUGAUUGUAAACACAAUAUUUUCUACGUUAUGCAUAUUGUUGAACUGUAUGCAUAUUGUUCAUUUCUCUAGUCUUUUUGUGUUCUUUGAACAAAGAUGUUUUAUAUGAGUAUCUAACAGUGAUGAAAUAAUAGAACAGAGAGGCUAAGUUGUCACUGUGGCAACCGUCGCCGAUAACCGAGUAAUAUUUUAAUGAUUGUAAGGUUUGUAACUAGUCAUAUAAGAAAAAAAAAGACUAUUAUAAAAAAUCUAGUUCUUAGAUGUUUAGAGUAAAGAUGUUAUUUUCUACUGUAUCCAUUUCAAAUAGUAACUAUUGUUUUAAUAUUUUUACUCUCCCUGGAAAUUGGGCCAUGUUGGAAAACAAGCUGCAUAUUUGAUCACUUUUUCGGGGGCGUUGCUGGCGGGGUCAGGUGAACGUGGUGAGUAGAGACGUGAGUCUGCACACUCAUCUCUUACUCAGCCAACUGCAAACAACAAGGGUGGGGUGGGGAAUCUUGAGGUGAUAAAGGUGAUAAAGGUUGACUUUUUUGCACUUCUGUACAUAGUCAAAAAAGAGAGAAUCAUGUAUAUUGAGAUCUUAUUUUGAAUAAAAAAAAUAAUGUCUAUAAUGACAAGGAAUUUUGCUAGGAUAACAAAAAAAUCUUAUGAAAGGCUGAACAAAAUUGCUUGCAUCAAAAGGGCACUGAGUUCUCACUCUCCUACCCCUUUCAGAAAAGGCCAAGUGUUGCUCUUCUUUUUUGUCAGCAGCUUGUAGUUUGCCAGGUAACCUUCCGGAGGAGGCGUCCACUACCCUCCAGCGUAAGGGCCUGACUGGGUUUGUCUGGUCCCCUAACCUGCCUGUACUGACAGGUCUGUGUGUCAUGGCCACGCCCUCCCAGGCCCAACCAAUCACAACACGUCCUGUCUCUUUACUUUACUCAGAGAGGAAUGCAUGUUAAAGGAAAUACAUAUACAGUUUAAAAAAAAAAAUCACGACACAGUAAUAUUGAAUAAGAAAACAUGUUACACAGAAAGAUGUAUUUACAGUAUACAAUAUUCUAUCAAUGUAAUGGAAUAAAAUAUAUAUAAAAAAUACAAAAAUAGAAUAGUGGUUUAUUUAAAAAAAAAAGAUUCCUGAGACUAUACUCACAAAAGUUUCACCACUUGGAGAGUUAAAAUACAUGCAACACAAACACCAUAGCUAUAAGUAUGUUCUUUAUGUUUAUGUAAGCUGUGCUUCUAGUAGAUGAAACUGACCAAACAGGAAUGUAGUUCAACAUCAGGCAGAAUUUAAGUAAACUGAUAAUUUGCUUUGUGGUUUGGUCAUGAACUCGUUAGUUUGGAGUUUUGUCCUGAUCAUCUUCGUCAUCUCUCAUCUCCUACAAGCACGCAUGCUUACGUUUAUGAUAUGAUGUAAACUGAACUUUUUUCGUUUGUUGUUUGUUUUCUCUGCUUGUAGUGCUAAUAUGAUGUAUUCUGUCUUCUGCUGCAGUUUGUUUCUGCUUGUUUAACUGUCACAGGCCCUGUGAAAAGAUAUGUCAUGUUUGUCAGCUGGCCACCUCCUCUGAAAAGCACUUGUAGUGAAAACCGCUGAUUGCCACAGUCUAAAGCCAUAAAAUAUAAUCUCAUCCGAAUGAAACUUGUGUGAAGAAACCAGAAAGGAAAAAGAGGUGGGAAAUUGCUAGUUGGAACAUGUUUGCAGGGUUUAUAUUAACAACAACAUCAUGUAAUAAUUGAAGUCAUGAAUGUAGUUGAUAUAACUUGUGGUGUGCUGUGCCAACUUUGAUGGAUGUGUGCGGUUAAGAGAAUAGUUGGCGCAUUUUUUCACGGGGCCUGCAUUGCUAUAUUUGAUUCUUGCUGUUAUGAAUUUAAAAAAAUGAAAUAAAAAUUUACAAAUGAA